GGCAUCCUUCCUUUUGGUCCCAGGCUGCACGUAGCUGCGGCGGUCUGACAACAUAACGUCUCCAGAAGUCAACUGUUGCUGGAUUAUUGGUUGUGAUUUUUAUUUUGGAGGGCACUAACCACCCGACAAUAUGCCCAUGUACCAGGUAAAGCCCGUCUUUGGGGUUGACGUAAAGAUUAAUUUGCCAACCUGCAUGUACAAGUUACAGAAUAUCCACGGGCAGGGAAGUGCAAGUGGCUGCUCCGAACAUGCGCUUCAGGUAACUCAUUUCAUUCCGUCCAUAAAUGGACAAGCUAAUCUCACUAAUGUCAUAAAUUAACUAGCCAGCUAAUAAAUGUGACAUUUGUCGUCAAAAAUGAGCUAGCUACAUAGCCCCACCCCCACAACAACAACAACAGUCAGCAGCUAGAUACUUUUCCAACUAGUUAGCUAACGUUAGCCUAGCUUCAAUCCUACCAAUCUCGGCUGAUGCAAUGAUGUGUGGCUGACUAGCUGAGUUAGCUACUGUAGCUAGAUGUUUUGGUUGUGCCCUCCAGAAUGUGACAGGACGUUACCAGUACACUACACAGAAAAUAUAUUUGCCUCUACAGAGUAAGUUAGAUUUUAGCAGCCAGCAUAUGAUCUGCACAGUUCAGACCUUUUGUGUCCUAGACUGAGUCUUGAUUAUAUGGGUGGGUGUACUGACUGCCAGGAAUGUACUACUGUAGCUAGCUAACGUUGGCGAGACCGCAGCAACAACAUGUCAUUAUACAGUAUGAUGAACAGCUAGGUUAUAUAGCCGAGUAGUCUAUUCUAGUAGCCUUUUUCUAAAUGAUGGCAUGCCAUCUAACGUUAAGCUAAUGGUUUCAGCCAUAGCCGAACGUUAUAUUAUAAUGUUGCUAGCUGGCUAUAGAAAUGGCUCUGAAUUCAGCCUUAUCGACAAUGACUCUCCGUUUACAAUCAUCAGACCAAAUUAUCUAGUUAGUUUAUAAGAAUGCCUCAAUGCCACAGAAAAUGCCACAUUUCUCUUUUCACCUAAAGACUUCCUCAGUAAACACAGCUUUCUUGGCAAUCAACCCCUUCACCCCUCUCAGUAUUCAUUCCCCCUCAAACAAUUAUCUGACUGACUACAUAGCUAGUCCCUCAGUGUGACAUAGGCCUAACCAAUGUUCCCUCUAAUUUUCUAAGGCGGUCAGCAAAUUUCAGGUCUGCUGUAAGCAAACUUGAAUGUUGGGAAAAUUCUGUGCAGCUUCCAGCUCACAUUUACUGUGAACACUGAGGCUGUACCCGCUUUAAGUUACAGUUUUAACGGUGGCCAAGUAGGCUACUGUGACUAUUUGAUCAUAAUGUAGGCCUACCAGAGUGACCUACCAUCAAAAACAAUGGAGAAAAUCCAUCCCAUAACAUUUUAAACUUUGAAAUAGCUGUUCUAUCAUUCAGCCUACAGCAGAAGCCAAUGUGUGGUGUUCAACGUAGGCCUACAUUCCAUGAGACUUUUGAAAAAAAACAUACAGGGCUUGACAUUAACCUGUUUAUCCAUUUGUCCUUAAGACAAGGAGGUGACUGAACAUUUUAUUAAUAAUAUAAUUAUUAUAAUAAUAUGCCAUUGAGCAGACGUUUGUGUUGUUAUUGUGUUGUUUGAUGCAAGAAACCACUUCACAAAAUAAAAUGCAUUAUUAUUCCCAUACCAUUAUUACAGAGAAUGAGACAAAUUAUGCUACGCUCUGGCUAUUGGCUACUUAGCUUAUUCAAGCCUGUGUCAAAAUACAACACUGACCCUUUAUGACCAAAAAAAAGAUCUUUACCUGACUGGCUUUUCAAAGAUGUCUUGAAAUGUAUACGUUUUGUGCUCUUGUAGGAAGCAAUCACUCCCCCAUAGCUGACUACAAAUAAUGUAUAACUGGGCUAUUAACUCACUAACUAGCAAACAAUAUGAACAACAUGUGCAGACGUGGCUACAUGCAGCUCUUGCUUUGAUCUCAAAACAAGCGCAUCUACUCAAGACCACAGCUGUAAACACAGUCCAGUUCAAAAUAAAUGGCACAGAUCCAUAUAUGGCAAUGGUCUAUUUGCAUAUAGGCCUAUUGCAGCUAUGAUUGGUUAUGCCGCACUGGUCUGUGUAGAGUACAGGCUGAGUCGUGCGCAAUAGGCCUACUCCGAAGUGUUCUCCCUACAACAAAAUCUCUUGCAUAGUUAGUUUUGUUUCGGUAUGUUGCAUUGAAAGUGGCUAAUAUUGCGUUGAUUCGAUCACAAUUGCCACAGUAAAGGGAAACGUUGAUAGUGCUAACUAACAGGGAAAACUCUAGAAAGUUGAGAAGUUCAAUCAAGCGGCAGUCCCGGGGGAGCUGCGCGGCAGUCUCGGGGCUACUGCGCACCCGCGUGCGGCUUGGAGGGAAGAUUGGGCUAAGCCAACCAUGUUUAGAGAAUGAUCAUGUAAUGUGUGUUUGUGUGUAUUGUGUUAACACAUUUCUUUCACAGGGCCCUGAGGGCAGCGUGGGUGUGUUUACUUUCUCUUCCUGUCCUGAAUAACAGACAGGUAGACCCUGCAGUGCAGGCUUUGGAGCUGCGUCAGCAUAAAAUCAAGGACCGCUGAUGUGUGUGAGUUUGUCUUAAUGUACAGUAUAUAUGUGGUAACCAUAGCUCUCCAUCCCCUCUCUCCCCCCUCCCCCUGUAGAACGGAGGGACAGAGGUGGACCCUGCGUUCAGAGACCUGGAGGCACGUCAGGAUGAGAUAAUGCGCAGGCUCUAUGAGCUGAAGGCAGCCGUGGACGGCCUAGCCAAGACCGUGACCACACCGGACGCUGACCUGGACCAGACAGUGACCUCUCUCUCCCAGAGCCCCACAGCCUUCAGAGGCACUGCAGACCUGGACUCCCUACUGGGCAAGGUGAGGAAUAGAGCUCUUGUCAAUUAGAGUUCUGAUAGGAAUAGAGCUAUUUUCUGUUAGAGAUCUUAUAGCAACAGAGCUCUUGUCAAUUAGAGCUCUGAUAAGAAAAGAGCUCUUGUCUGUUAGAGAUCUUAUAGGAAUAGAGCUCUUGUCAAUUAGAGUUCUGAUAAGAAUAGAGCUAUUUUCUGUUAGAGAUCUUAUAGCAACAGAGCUCUUGUCAAUUAGAGCUCUGAUAAGAAAAGAGCUCUUGUCUGUUAGAGAUCUUAUAGGAAUAGAGCUCUUGUCAAUUAAGAGUUCUGAUAGGAAUAGAGCUCUCUUCUGUUAGAGAUCUUAUAGCAAUAGAGCUCUUGUCAAUUAGAGCUCUCAUAGGAACAUCAAUUCAUUAAGUUGAGUUUCGCCUAUACUCUGCUUUAUUUGUCUAUUUCGGCUAUGCCACGACUCAAGAUUGGUGGAAACACCUUAUGAUGGUAUCAUCAUCAUUUGCCCUCUACCCAUUAGGACCUGGGUGCCCUCCGGGACAUUGUGAUCAACGCCAAUCCGGCACGACCGCCCCUCACCCUGCUGGUGCUCCAUGCAAUGCUAUGCCAUCGCUACCGGGUGCUCUCCAGCGUGCAUGUCCACUCGUCAUUGUCUGGUGUGCCCGCGCAGCUCCUCUCCUGCCUGGGGCCGCGCCACACAGACAGCUACGUCCGCCAGAGUUUCCAGCUGGGCUUCACCCUUAUAUGGAAAGAUGGUAAGGGUGGGGGUGGUCAGAGACAGGGUAGAAAAAUAGUAGAAGGUUUAUGGGGGGACAGUAGGUGGAGAAAUAUGGGGUGGGCAGAUUGGGUUAGGAUUGUCACCUAGCCAUAGCUCCUGACAGAGAGUCUGCUCACCAUUUACUAUUCAUAUGUCAAUGUGUCCUUUCAUUGUUAGCUGCUUUCAACAUUUUUAACAUCUAUUUAGAUUAUCUUUGGAUUAAAUGUACAUUUCUCCUCUCAUCCCUUGCCCUCACUCAUUGCCCUUUCUCUCUCUAUCUGUCUCCCCUCUCUCCUCUCUCUGUCUCCUCUCUCUCUCUCUGUCUCCCCGCUCUCCUCUCUCUCUGUAUCCUCUCUCUCUCUGUCUCCCCUCUCUCCUCUCUCUCUGUCUCCUCUCUGUCUCCCCUCUCUCUUCUCUUUCUGUCUCCUCUCUCUCUCUCCGUCUCUCUCUCGCCUCUCUGUCUCCUCUGUCUCGCCCCUCUCUCUCUCUGUCUCGCCCCUCUCUCUCUCUGUCUCCUCUCUCGCCCCCUCUCUCUCUGUCUCCUCUCUCUCUCUGUCUUCUCUGUCUCUCUGUCUCCUCUCUCUCUCUCUCUGUCUCCUCUCUCCCUGUCUCCUCUCUCUCUGUCUCCCCCUCUCUCUCUCUGUCUCCCCUCUCUCUCUGUGUCUCCUCUCUCUGUUUCCCACCUCUCUCUGUCUCCCCUCUCUCUCUCUCUCCCCCUCUCUCUCUCUCUCUCUCUCUCUCUCUUUCUCUCUCCUCUCUCUCUCUCUCUCUCUCUCUCUCUCUCUGUUUCUCUCUGUCUCCCCCCUCUCUCGCUCUGUUUCCCACCUCUCUCUGUCUCCCCUCUCUGUCUCUCUAGUCCCCAAGCUGCAGAUGAAGUUCAGCAUCCAGAACAUGUGCCCCAUCGAGGGCGAGGCCAACGUGGCACGCUUCCUGUUCCGCCUCAUUGCCCCUUACCCCAGCGACCCCACACUGGCUACACUGGUGGACAGUUGGGUGGACACGGCCUUCUUCCAGCUGGCCGAGGGCAGCGCUAAGGAGCGGUCUGCCGUACUCAGCGCCCUCAACAGCGCUUUGGGUCGCGACCCCUGGCUGGCCGGUCCCGAGUUCUCGCUGGCUGACAUCGCCUGUUACUGCUGCGUCCUCCAGACAGGCCCCGCCUCCUCCUCUCCGGCCAAUGUCCAGCGCUGGCUUAAAGCGUGUGAGAACCUGGGCCACUUUGGCCCGGCCCACCCUCUACUGCAGUGA